AUGGGCAUACCGGCAGUUGGAAUAGAUCUAGGCACCACAUACUCGUGUGUGGGAGUUUUUCAGCAUGGUAAAGUAGAAAUCAUCGCAAAUGAUCAAGGAAACAGGGUCACACCUUCAUAUGUUGCCUUUACUGAAACUGAAAGAUUUAUUGGUGACGUUGCUAAAAAUCAGAUAGCAAUGAAUCCUAAAAAUACAGUAUUCGAUGCAAAACGUCUAAUUGGCCGAAGAUACGAUGACCCAAAGGUAAAACAGGAUUUACAACAUUGGUCGUUUGAAGUGAUCUCCGAUGGAGGAAAACCAAAGAUUGUAAUAGACUACAAAGGACAGAAAAAGAAGUUUUCUCCUGAAGAAAUAUCGUCAAUGGUUUUGACAAAAAUGAAAGAAAUCGCAGAAAGCUAUCUAGGAGGAACAGUGCAGAGUGCCGUUAUAACAGUUCCCGCUUACUUUAAUGAUUCUCAACGACAAGCCACGAAGGAUGCUGGCACUAUCGCAGCAAUUAAUGUGCUCAGAAUAAUAAAUGAACCAACUGCAGCCGCUUUAGCUUACGGAUUGGAUAAAAACCUUAAGGGAGAAAAAAAUGUCCUGAUAUUUGAUUUGGGUGGGGGGACGUUUGAUGUGUCUAUUCUACAAAUUUCGGAGGGAUCUCUCUUUGAAGUUCGGUCUACAGCUGGUGAUACUCAUUUAGGUGGUGAAGACUUUGACAAUAGAAUGGUAGAUCAUUUCAGUGCAGAGUUUGAGAGAAAAUUUAAGAAAAGCUUGAAAGACAAUCCUAAAGCCGUAAGACGCUUGAGAACCGCUUGUGAACGGGCGAAAAGAACUUUAUCGUCGAGCACCGAAGCUAGUUUAGAAGUGGAUGCGCUACACGAAGGCAUCGAUUUCUAUUCUAAAAUAAGCAGGGCACGAUUUGAAGAACUUUGCUCAGAUUUAUUUAAACAAACCUUAGGACCGGUUGAAAGAGCACUCAAAGAUGCUAAUUUGCAUACGAGGGAAAUACAUGAUGUCGUAAUGGUUGGAGGUUCCAUAAGAAUACCGAAGAUACAGAGACUGUUACAAGACUUCUUUGGGGGGAAGACGCUUAAUCUGUCAAUUAAUCCUGACGAAGCUGUUGCCUACGGUGCAGCUGUCCAAGCAGCUAUUCUCACGGGUUCAAAAGAUGAACGAUUACAGGACGUAUUACUAGUAGAUGUGAUUCCGCUGUCCUUGGGCAUUGAGACAGCUGGAGGGGUGAUGACUAAACUUGUAGAGCGGAAUACGAGAAUUCCUAUAGCUCAAAAAAAGACUUUUUCAACGUAUUCUGAUAACCAACCAGCUGUAACAAUACAGGUGUACGAGGGAGAACGAGUAAUGACACGAGACAACAAUUUAUUGGGAACAUUUAACCUUUCUGGUAUACCCCCGGCCCCACGAGGAGUUCCACAAAUCGAAGUGACAUUCGACUUGGACGCUAAUGGAAUAUUAAACGUUAGUGCUGAGGAUAAAAGUACAGGUAGAUCUGAACGCAUCACAAUCUCCAACGAUAAGGGUCGUCUGAACAAAACUGAGAUUGAGAAAAUGUUGCACGAUGCUGAGAGAUUUAAAGCAGAAGACGAAGCAACGAGAAACCGCAUUGAAAUUCGUAAUCAGUUAGAAGGAUACUUAUUUGGAUGUAAAUCGGCUGCAGAAAACGCUGGUCCUCGUCUUACGGACAGCGAAAAAGCCGAAGUCCUAUCAGAAUGCACCAAUCAACUGAAGUGGCUGGACUCACAUCCCGAUGCCUCCACGUCAGAACUCCAGGAACAGAUGAAAAGAGCGCAGACAGUCUGUCAAUCAGCUAUGAUGAAGCUACACAAUAUAGUAGGAGGACCAAGCUGUGCACAUUCUGCACGUUCUACUGGCCCCAGGGUUGAAGAAGUUGAUUAA